CCCUAAACGCGCCGAAAUGCUUCAUUUUAGGGCUUCUCUUCUCACAGCCCUUAUUAUAUAAACACACACAAGCACACAAACUCCAAACCCUCUCUUCUAUACAUUAGGAAUAGGUAUUUGUAUAUACCGGGGUUAGGGUUUCUUUCUUCAAUCAAUGGCGGAGGACAAGGUGACUAGAUCGAAGGGUGUUGUGACCAAAUUCAAUGAUCAGAAAGGUUACGGAUUCAUCCAGCCCGACGAAGGUGGCGAGGAUCUGUUUGUCCACCAAACCGCCAUCAAAUCUGAUGGUUACCGGACCUUGCGCGAGGGUCAGGUGGUUGAGUUCACCAUCAUCCUGGAUGGCGAUAAGACCAAGGCUGCUGAUGUCACGGCCCCUGGCGGUGGACCGGUAGAUUCGACUUCCCGGAGGGGGAACAACAGCAACAGCCGUGGGGGUGGUUAUGGGUUCGGUGAUCGGAGGAAUGAUGGAAACGGGUAUGGUUAUCGGAGUGGCGGAGGCGGCGGCGGAGGGGGUGAGUGUUUUAAUUGUGGAGAAUAUGGUCAUAUGGCGAGGGAUUGCAACAACGGCGGCGGUGGAGGCGGGAAUGGUGGGGGAUGCUAUAACUGUGGAGGGUAUGGGCAUAUGGCUAGGGAGUGUCCUAGUGGUUCUCGAGGCGGUGGCGGAGGUGGGGCAUGUUUUACCUGUGGGGAGCCAGGGCACAUGGCGAGAGACUGUAUGCGUGGUGGUGGUGGUGGCGGCGGCGGCGGGUACAGUCGUGGUGGUGUGGUGGUGGGAAGGUUUGGCGGCGGCGGUGGUGGGGGAAAGUGUUUCAACUGUGGGGAGUCUGGACACUUUGCCAGGGAAUGCAAAGAAGCGCCUCGUGAAUAAUUUGAUGCGUCGACUUUCUUAGCUAUCUCCUUUUUGGUUCUGUUCAUGGUUUUAUUUUGGACGGCUUAAUAUGCUGUUUUAUGUUUUUUUUUGUUUCCUUAUGCGUGGCGGGUUUAAAUCUAUAGGAUGGUGCUUAUAAUAUUCCGGCAUGGUUUUUGACUUAGUUGUUUUGGCAUGCGAUCCACUGAUUUUGUGAACUGAAUAUUCUCCGGUUGGGCGAUUGGAAAGUGUAUAUGGUGGUUCGAUGACUCAGAUAGUUUAUGCCUAUUUUGAAGUACAUUUUUAGUUGUUCAUCAAACCAGUAGCUCCUGCCAAGCUCUGGAUAUUUUGGUGUUGGCUUUGUUGCAUAAACUAUGCAUUUCGAAUAUCUAUACCAUGUUUAUUCUCCCUGA